UUUUUUUUAAAUCUGUUCAUUUUUUUUCCUUUCUAUUUUAUGCUUAGGAGUAAUGUAUCAUAUCGUAUGCUUAUCCGGUCUAGUUGUGACAAGGUCCCGAAUUGACAACCUUGACAUCAAUAGCACGUGAAUACGCAUCUGUAUUUAUUGCAUUAUUUCUUACAUUUAUAAACCAAUCAAAAUGAAAAUUUGGACAUCCGAACACACUUUCGAACACAGUUGGGACACAAUUGUACAGGCAGCCUGGAAGAAAUAUCCUAAUCCUUUGAAUCCUGCAGUAAUUGGUACUGAUGUUUUAGACAGAAAAGUUGACAACAAAGGGGUUUUAAAAACACAUCGACUUAUGACAACUCAGUGGGGUCUACCAAACUGGGCUAAAAAGAUUUUAGGACAGGAUGAAAAUGCGUACGGAUCAGAACAUUCAGAAGUUGACCCCAAGGCAAAAACCAUGACACUUAAGUCCAAAAAUUUAACCUGGUGUAAUUUAGUAACCAUUGACGAAAAACUAGUGUAUGCAACACACCCUGAAGACAGUUCUAAAACCCACUUGAAACAAGAAGCAGUUGUAAAUAUUAAAGGAGUACCAUUAUCCAGUUACUUAGAAAAUAUGAUCACACAGAAUAUAAAUAACAAUGCACAAAAGGGCAGAGAAGGUUUAGAAUGGGUUGUGAGGAAGAUUAAAGUAGAGGCAGAAACACUCCAGACAGAGGCAGCCACUUUUACUAAAGACACUUUUCACACAAUACACAAAGUAGAAUCUUUGUUCAAUAGAGAUGGAUCGUUAUAACGAUAAAGGAACUUAGGCCCUUUUAUAAAAAGCCAAAUAUCUGUGAUAUUCCAUUUUCCAUCAUCACCCUCAACGAAAUCUCUGUUGGAAACCUGUACAGGGCCAAGCUGAUGCAGAUUGACUUUUGUAUUGUAAUCCAAUCAUGUGACAGUCAUGUGACAUAUUUAUAAACCACCUUAUGUUGUGUGAAGAAGUUUGUGUGACAACAUUUGUUAUCUUGAUUGAUAUGGGUCUGAUUCUAUGUCUUCUAUGAAAGCUAUCAGAUAAUUAAAUUGUCAAAUAGCUGUUUUCUACAAUAAACUUAGUGCUUAGUUUAGUAGUAAGAAUGUAAGAAAGAAUUACUUAUAGACACAAUAUUAGAUUGCAAGUUAAGAAUUUCUGACAAUAUUUUUGGAAAUUUCUUCUGAAUUAAACAUCUGGGCUUUUAUGAAAUUUAAAAAAAAUCCGUUAUUAUUGAUUUCAUAUUUUGCAAACUUGAAUGUAUUAUGAUUGUGUAAUUAUGUUGUUUAUAAUGGAUAUUUGGUAGAAAUCCAUUAUCUAUCUAAGAUGGAAGAUUAAUUAUGUGUCUUCCUACAGUUUAGAAGCAAAGUCUACAAAAGAAUACUGUUUUCUAGUGCUUAGCAAUUGUGUUAUGUGUAGAUGUUUUUGUUGAUACUGUGGACUCGUUAUUUUUGGUGAAAUACAAAUGUUAUAUAGGUUUGUAUACUUAUUUUGACGAAUUAAUACAUUCACAAAAAUGAUAUCUUUCCUUUUAUGAAAUUUGUAGCCAAGAAUAUGAAUUGGGAUUUUGACUAAGAGAAGAUAAGUGAAUGUUGUUUGAUAUGAUAUAAUUUCCAUAAACGAUUCCUUUUGUAUAUUUUGUGAGAGUCAAAUACUAAGAUCUUCCAGCCUCAAUGCCAAACCAGAUGUUGUUUGCCUAGUUAUUGUGUGUGAUGAUUGUUUUUCAACCAUAUCAUUUCAUAAAUCAUUGUGAUAUUUUGUUCGGGUUAUAUUGUAUUAGAUCAUGACAGAAUGUUAUUUGUGACUUUUUGUGUUCAGAAUACAAACCAUUCCUAUGAGACAUUAAA